AUGUCUGCGGAUGAAGUGAACAUCGGCUCAACUCAUCCAGAAAACACAGCAGAAGACUUUCCACCGGCUGUGACGACGGAACCAGAAGUUUUGCAUUUGACCAACUGCACUCUGCAAGACUUCACCCAACGAGGUUUCCUAGGCGAGGGCGGAUUUGGGAAGGUUCUCCAUGUGCAACACACGGCAUCAAAAAGAUCGUAUGCCCUGAAGAUCCUAAAAAAACAGAAGAUCACCACCUUAAGGGAUGUUGAAAGGAUUUUGGUCGAGAAACGGGUCGCUCUCACAGCAGCUGUCCACCCCUUCACCGUGGAUCUACAUGCCACCUUCCAGUCAGACCACCAUCUCUUCUUCCUCAUGGAGUAUGUCGCUGGAGGCUGCUUAAGGACUCUCCUGGAGAGGGAACGUAAAUUUGGACAACGGAGGACUACGUACGUAAUAAUGAACCUUUACCUAGUGUCAUGUGGGCGCUAUUUAAAUAUAAUACCAUUCAUACAAACUAAACCAUAAAUAGCAGGCCACAACAACCACAGAACUGUGCUGCUACUCUUUGUUCCA